GGGCGCAGGCCUGGUCGCCACCUCUUGGGGUCCCGCGCAGUCUCCGUCCGGUGCGCGCUCGCGCCGGCAGCUCGCCGAGUUCGGGCGCCCAAGCUGUCUCGCGCCGCGCGGCACCGCUCUUCGCGAUGGGCGACCUCGGCAGUUUUCUCGGCGCCUUGGACGGCGCGUCGGCGCGCGAGGCCGGUUGGCUCGAAGCCGCGGUCGCCGCGCUCAAGGGCCAAGGUGUGGCGACGAUCGCCGAUUUAGAGGGCGCGGCAUUCGAGGAUUUCUCUUUUGCCGACAAGGAGCUCGACGCCGCGCAGAAGCGCCUCGUGCGCGCGGGGAUCGCCGCGGCGAGCACACCGGCGCCGGUGGCUGGGGGCUCGGCGGCGGCCGCCCCUCCAGCGCCCUCGGCGGCGGAGAACGCGGCCGCCCUCUUGGCCGCGCUCAAGACGGGCGCCAGCGAGGCGCAAGCGAUCUCGACGCGAUCUCGGGCUCGCGUGGCCCCGCGCGGCGCGUUCGCAGGCGCGCUCGCGCGCGCGCGCUGGUUCUCGCAUCUGGUCCCGUGCGCCGGUAGCUCCGACAUGCUUGACGCGUUGAACGCGGAAGUCUUGAAGCGGCAGAAGAAGGAAUCCAGCGAGGAAGCGCGCGUCUUCCUGUACUCGGACAUCCGCAAGUGGGUGCCCGAGUGGGCCCGCUCGGGCCCUCGCGAUUUCGAAGAGGAGGCUGACGGAUCGUCCGGCGCCAGCAAGGACAUUCGUGACCUCGCCAAGGAAGUGGCGGCGGUGAAGAAAGGGCCCGAGAAGAAGGCCUACUUAACCCUCUGCCAGUGGCAACUGGCUUGGAACCGGCGCCACCUGCCCGUCGCGCGCCCCCCCCGCGCGCCUGCCUGUUAUCGCGCCGCGCGCGGCAGGUGCAUGGUCGCGCUGGUCGCCACGGGCCAGCUCACGUGGGCUGAGGUGCAGGCGCAUCGCGACAACUGCUUGAAGGUGGCGGUUCAGGCUGCACGCGCGCGAUUUCUCGUCGCUCUCUGUUCGCCGCGCGUUGCCGCGCAGGCGGCGGCCUCGAAGCGCCGCGUGCACCUCGGUAUCGUGUGCGACGAGGAGGCGCGGAAGGCGCGCCCCUGCGUUCGUGCUUGCGCGGCGCCCUGCGUCUGUGCCGGCGCGUGGCAGCUAUGGGCCGAGCAGCUACGCUCGGGGGGCCCAGAUUUCAAGCUGGGGAAGACGAUCCUGCGGGUCGACCCGCGCGCCCUACAGCUGGCGCGGGAUGCUUGCGACAAAGAAGACGGCGCCACCCACGCGACGGCACCGGCGGCCCGCGCUCCCGAGAAGGCGCGCGGGGCGGGCGGCGCCAGCCAGCCGUGGCGCGCCGCGCAGAGCUGGAGCAGCGGCUCCUGGGGCAGCGAUUGGCCGAAGGGCCAGAAGCGCGAGCGCUCGUGGGGCAGCGAUUGGAAGAAAAAGGACACGAGGAAGGACCCCCGCUCGCGUGCUGGGACAUGCCGCGUGCGCUGUUGCCGCGGAGGCCGCUUCGCUUUCCGCGCCGCGCUGCGGGUGCCCGGCUUGGCCGCGGCCAGCCUGGGCGGGGCGUGCGGGGGGCCGCAAUUCAGGAGCGAUUGGUCUCGGCGUUGCAGCGACAGCGCGUGGCGCGACAUCUGCGUCGCGGCCGGCGGCUGUAGCGGCGGCGACGCGGAGAAACUUACCUUUCUGGCAAGGGCGCUGGACGGCGACCCCGCGCUCUGGGGCAAGUGGCGGCCCGCCGCGGCCUCGGCUUUGCCGCCCACGGCCGCUGAGGCAGUGCGGUGGGCCGCGCAGACCGCCCCCGCCGACGUGGUGGCUUUCCGCGAGGGCGAACUCGCGGCGCUUCGCGAAAGGGAUCGGGCUCUCCGGGCCAGUGGCGCCGUGGAAGAAUGGUUCCGGGGGGUGGACCCCGCCAUGCGGCGCGUCGCACAGCACGUGAACGGGCCUCUCUGCGCAGAGAUCGCGGAGCGCAUUGCCUUCUGCGACCCAGGCUGCGUGGAAUUCUUCAGGACGGGGGCGCCCCUCGUCGGCGAGCUCCCGCGGUCGGGCCACGGCAGCCCAGAGGUGUUCCCUCCCCGUCUGGGCAUCGCGGAGCUGCUCGGCAACGCCGAGUCGACAAAUCGCGACAUUUCCUGUGGCCUCCGCGACGGCGCGCACGGCGACGCCAUCCUCCGCAAGACACGGGACGAGGCCGAGCUGGGGCGCAUCAGUUGCCCGGUGCCGCUCCGCGACGUGUGCCUGGACGGGGCCGUCAUCGCUCCGAGGUUUGCGGUUGAGCAGCUCCGUGAAGACGGGUCCUCGAAACUCCGGUUGGUCGACGACAUGACCAAGGCUAGGAUUAACGAGGCGACGCGGCCUCAGGAGCGGCUCCACCACGAUGCCGUGGACGCGCUUUUCGAAGCAGCUCGCAUCUUCCAGGAAGUUGCGGGGCGGGCACCCGCCCUCUGGCCGUUGUACGCGCAAUCGCAUCGCGGGGCAUCGAAGGCCCAUGAGCCGUUGAUGCUUGCCCUGCAGUGGUGGCGCGAGGUCUUGGCCAUGGACUUGUGCCAAGCGCGGCCGUGGGCCGACAAGGCGCGGCCUCGCGCAACUCUCUUCGCGGACGCGUCGGGCCAACCACCGUGCGUGGCCGCGGUGCUCGUCACCGCCACGGGCAUCCGUUUCACUUCCAUGGUCGUCCCGGAUUCCUUGAUGGCGUCGUUCCAGCGUCGCCGGGACAACCAGAUUCAGGGGCUGGAGCUCCUGUCUAUCGCGCUGGGCAUGUGCACCUUUGCAGGCAUUGCUUUCGCGUGCGACUGCCCGCGCCGGCGGGCAGGUUGCGACUUGCAUAUUUACAGCGACAAUACCGGCGCGGAGUCUUGCCUGCGGAAGGGCGCCGCGAAAUCCUUCGACCACUCGUGCAUCGUCCACUCCAUGUGGAGGCGCGCGGUGGAGCUCGACGUUGACCUCGCGGUUUUCCGCGUGCCCACGGCUGAGAAUCUGGCCGAUUUGCCUUCUCGGCGCGCCCGUGCGCGCCGCGCGGUGCUGCGGGCUGCGCCCAGGGCGGCCGUCGCCUGGGCUGCUGAUUUCCUGGCUGAGAACGGCUUCGUACGAGCCUGCGAGCUCGCCAGUGCAGACGCCGCAGACCUGGAAGGUUGGCCGGUCACCGCGCAGGCGCCCGCCCCGAGCGUCCUCGACCAGCUGGGCGCGCCGGUCGCGCUGCCAAUAACGCGCGGGCCCCGGGCGGCGCUCGCCGAGGCCGCUGCUCGCCUCCGCAGUCCGGCGGACGCGGCCCGCUGGCGGGAGGAGGAACGCGUUCGCGCUAUGCUGCAACCAUGCGCACGGUCGCUCCCAAGCGUGAGAAGCGGCCUCAAAUGCUGGGAGGCCUACUGCAUCAUAAUGUUGAAAUACCCGUGCAUGCAGCUCCCGCCAGCCUGCGCGGACCUGGUCGCCUGGAGCGCCCUCUUUCGCUGCGGGGAGACGUACGCAAAUUACUGCAGCUACGUUAAGAUCGGCUGCCUCCUGACUGGGGUCUGCGUCGCCGUGUUCGACCGCCCCGAGGUCAGGCGUGCGCGCGCCGCCGUCCGGGCGCGGGCCGAUUGGACUCCGCGCCCGCGCUUGUUCAUCCGUAAGAGCGCGGUCGCCGCGCUGGUCGAGUUGGGCGCGCGCCGCCCCGAGUGGCUCCGCGCGUCGAUGCUUUUCCUUUUCGCCUGCACGUUCUUGUUGCGUGUUCCCAGCGAGGCGUUGCCAGCCGUGCGCGUGGCCGACGCCGGCGGCGCGCCGCCCUUUCAAGCGGCGCUAGUGCUGGGCAAAUCGGAGCUCACGCUGCUGCUGCGGCGGCGGAAGAACCGGCCGCAGGGCAGUCGCCUGUCGCGGAAGUGCUGGUGCUCAUCGUGCCGCGCCACGUGCCCCGUGCACACCCUGGGCCCCUGGGUGGCGCGUUGCGGGCUGGGCCGCGGGCUCUUCGGAGGCAUCUCGGCGGCUGCUGCGCUGCGGACCCUGCGCGAGAUGCUCGCUGCCCUCG